AUUUCAGUUGCUUUCGAGCAAGCGACGCAAACGGUUCGUAAUUCGUGCGCUCUUUGCGAAAUAUUCUCAAACAAGGCAUAAUAACUCAAAAAUAUUCAAAGUCGCGCGUGCGUAGUGCGAGAGAGUUUAGUGCAGUUUUGAAAUAGUUGAACAACAUUGUGAAAUACUCGAAACUAAACUGAAUGAUGAGUGCAUAAAACACAAUCAAAUUGUAAACACAGCAAAUAAACAAAUUUUGAUAAAACUCAUCAAUUGAAACACUUUGGGAUUAGUUUCAAUUUGAACAAAAUAAAAACAAACGCUAACAAAAUGGUACGCAGCUUGGCUCAGUGGACAAAAACGUUGAGUUUUCCCUCACGUCUGUCGCCCAAUCGCAAUUCAAAGGAUUGCUCCACAUUGGCCAGCCCAAUGCCACCGCCAACGCCACCGCGCAACAAAACCAAAGGUCACAGCAAUUGCGCCACAUCGCGCUCCUCCUCAUCGACAGUGUCCUCUUCCCAUUCAUCGUCGGCUGCUUCACACAAUUCCCCAACGCCGGGAAGCAAUAGUAACAACAAUAACAACAACAAUAUGCCCAUAACGGAACUGGAACAGAUCAUCUAUCCCGGCCCCGAUCCAAAACAGAACAUCAUGGGUUCCCUGGUCUUUUGUAUACACCACAAGCAGGGCUGCAAAUGGUCUGAUGAACUGCGUAAACUUAAGGCACAUCUUAACACAUGCAAACAUGAUGCCACCCAGUGUCCCAACAAAUGUGGCGCACAAAUACCGCGCAUCAUGAUGACCGAUCACUUGCAAUACACUUGCACUAUGAGACGCACCCGAUGCGAGUUCUGCCAAAGCGAAUUCUCAGGAGCAGGUCUUGAGGAGCACAACGGCAGCUGUGGCCAGGAGCCGGUGUAUUGUGAGGCCAAGUGCGGACAGCGCGUGCUGCGCGGUCGCAUGUCACUCCACAAGUCCAAGGAUUGUGCCAAGCGUUUGCGUCGUUGUGCCCACUGUCAGCGUGAAUUCUCUGCGGACACGUUGCAGCUGCAUGCGGCACAAUGUCCGCGCACUCCACUCGCCUGCCCACAGCGCUGUGAUGCGGGUCCCAUUGCACGCGGCGAACUGGAGGCACAUCUGCGUGACGAGUGCCAAUCGCUGGCGGUGUCGUGCAGCUUCAAGGAAGCCGGCUGCCGUUUCAAGGGUCCCCGGCAGCUGCUCGAUGCGCAUCUAGAGAACAGCGCCGCCGCACACUUAUCCAUGAUGGUGGCGCUGAGUAGCCGACAAGGUCAGCAGAUACAGAUGCUCAAGUCUGCCGUCUCCAAGCUGUCCAUUAACUACACCGGCACGCUGCUGUGGAAGAUCACAGAUUGGUCGGCGAAAAUGUCCGAGGCACGCGGCAAGGAUGGCUUGGAGUUGGUAUCGCCACCUUUCUACACCUCUCAGUAUGGCUACAAGUUGCAGGCAUCGAUGUUCCUCAAUGGCAACGGCCCAGGGGAGAACACACACGUUUCGGUGUACAUUAAAGUGCUGCCCGGAGAAUAUGAUGCGCUACUGAAAUGGCCAUUCUCGCACUCCAUCACAUUUACGCUGUUCGAGCAAGGCGCUCAGAGUGGACAAGGCGGUGUGGCCGAAUCGUUUGUGCCCGAUCCCACCUGGGAAAACUUCCAGCGGCCAUCGAAUGAACCGGAUCAACUGGGUUUCGGAUUUCCACGCUUUAUCUCCCACGAGCUGCUGCACAGUCGCCCCUUCAUCAAAGGCGACACGGUCUUUCUGCGCGUCAAGGUCGAUCCCAGCAAAAUUGUGGCCGUCUAAAUAGAUAAAUGAUGAGCUGUAGUUGUAAGCACAUUUACUCGACUUACGUAAAUACUGUGUAUUUAAAUUGUGCGAGUAGAUUUAGGUUCGCCCUUCCCCUAGACUAGCUUAUAGUCUAAGCGUGUAUAUAGUAAGUAGCAUUGUCGGCUUCGGGCGUUGUUAGCCACAUGGUUCUAACUGGCCUUUGAAUGCCGACUGCCACGCCUACAGCGUAAUAGUCAUACUUUAUAUAGUUAUUUUGAUUAAGGGUCAUUUGCAGUGCUGGAAUUAAACCAAAGCAUACACACACAUAAUAAUAACACACCCCACAGACGGACUAAACAACUAAAUGUUCACAUUAGUAAUAGUAAUAGUACUAAUAAUAAACAUUAUAUAUAAAUAAAUUAACAGAAAUAGCUUAGCUCGUAAGCAAGUUCGUGUCUUAAGUCUUUCGAUAUAGAGUUUUAUAUUUGUAUUUUUUGUGUGCGCUCGUCUCACGUCACUUUCAAAAGAUCUUCAAAUUAGAUCAUACGUCAAUGGAAUAUUACAAAAAAUUAAAUAGAUUCUUAACUUGCAUGUACAUAGCAUAAACGUUAAUCAUUUUAGUUAAGUCGACAAAAACUGCAUUAGUCAUUAUUACCAUUAUGAACAAUUAACAUAACAAUCAACUUUCAAUAUAGUCACAUAAGCUUAUGUUUUAGAUCCAAGUCAAGUUUAUAAUCGUAAUAAAAACAUCAAUUACAAUACCCAUUAACCAAAUUGCGUUUGUUACUUAUUUUUGUUGGAAAACAAGGAUCUUGCAGUGGCUUUACUUAACUUAAUAAAUGAAAUGGAACUGACCUGAAAUAAUGGAUGAUGAAGGGUGAAUUGAGUUGUAUGAUGGAAUGUGUGUGUUUCAAUUUUAAUUGCUAAUAAGUGUGUGUUUUGACUAGGGAAAUCGUUUCUUAAGUAGACUCUCCAACUUGCGAAUG